AUGGCAAUGUUAACUCCUCCCACCGAAUCUUCUUCCGGUGCCGACGCUGCUUCGGCUGUUCCAGGAAAGUUACCAGUAGUUAUACCUAAAUUAAAUAGAGCGGAAAGAGAUACAUUAGUAGAAAAAAUGAAAUCUUAUUAUAAAGAAAAUUAUAUUGAUAGUAUUAACAAAGAAUUAUUGAAAGUAAUUCCUAAUUGGUUAGAUGGAAUGGGAUUAAAAGGUUUAGCUCAUUGUUUUAAAGGUGUUAAUUCGCAAGACAUUUUAAAGUUUACCGAUUGGAAACAAUUAAGAGAUUUAGGAAUAAAAAAUCCUGCCCAUAGAAAAAGACUUAUGAGAAAUAUUUGGAAAGCGAAACAACAAGGAAUAACAUUAUCGGAAGAUAAAGAAAACCUUCCAACUUGGUUAAACGGAAUGAGAGAUGGAUACGGAUAUUUCGCUCCACAUUUUGAAGGUAGAAAUUGGCGAGAAAUUAUGCAUAUGACAUGGGAAGAUUUAGAAGUUUUAGGUAUUAGAGCAAGAACUUCGAGGGCAAGAAUUAUAGCACAUUGUUGGGUAACUAAACGUGCUUUGGCGGCUAAAAAUGGAGAACCUAUUCCUGAAGAAAAAGAAAGAAUAGAUAGAUCACGGGAAGUACAAAGAAGAUUGUUAUAUGGUACUCCGAGAAAAUCUGGCAAACAAGGCAGUUCUCCUGCUAUAUAG